AACAAGCAGCACUUAGUUUGAGAAAUUUGAUAUCUAGUCUAAAAUUUAACCUACACUCGUACAGUAAUAUUUCGUGGCUAUGUGGCUUGCUGUUCUAGCUUUUGUUGUGGCUCUAGCACUUCUGCUUUACAAACUAAAUGACACCUAUUAUGUGUUGUGCAUUUGUAAACGCGUCAAAACUGAAGAUGGCAGCCCUUUGGGGAAUAAAGUCUAUGAAUUACCCGGUACAACGAUAUUUGGCAAUACAUUUGAUUUUAAAGAUUUAACUCCAGCUGGCCUCUUCAAAUUUGUGCGAGACUGUAACAACCGUUCCCAAGGCAAAUCCGUACUCUCAUACUAUCCGGUCACCCCAUUGUACAGUAUAGUGAAGGCCGAUGAUGCGGUUGAGUUUUUUCAAAGUACCGAGCUCUUACAAAAACCGAUUUUUUACCAAUUGUUACAAGACUUCUUGGGCGAUGGUCUGCUUUUAAGUUCAGAUAGAAAAUGGAUGCACCGACGUAAAAUGCUAACGCCUGCCUACCAUUUCAAUAUUUUGCGAGAAUUCACUACCACUUUUAAAGAAGAAAGCAUAAGAUUGGUAAAGAGAUUGGAUAGCAUGCCCACGGAUGUAGUUGAAGUUCAUGAAAUUAGCAAGGAGUUUGCUUUAAACAGCAUUAUUGAAACCGCAUUGGGAGUAAAAUUGGAUGACAUCACUGGCAGUGCUGAAUAUCGCCAAACAAUCAAUCAAAUUGAAGAUAUUUUUCUCGAACGUAUCUUUAAUAUGCUUUUUUAUUUCAAUGGUUUAUUUCGCUUAUUCGGAAAAUACGAAAAAUACAAGCGUCAUUUAAACAUUGUACAUGAAUUUAGCAAUAACAUUAUCCAAAAGAAGAAAGAAGAAUAUCGCCAGAAGCAAAAGGGUGCUACAGAGGAUGUUGAUGAAUUUGGCAAAAAGAACCGUUAUGCCAUGUUGGAUACCUUGCUGGCCGAAGAGGCCAAAGGCAAUAUUGAUCAUCAAGGCAUUUGCGAUGAGGUCAACACAUUUAUGUUCGAAGGUUUUGAUACAACCUCAACUUGUCUGACAUUUACCAUUAUGAAUUUGGCCCUGCAUCCUGAGGCCCAAGCGAAAUGUCGGGAGGAAAUAUCAAAUUUAGGUGAAUUUACUUCGCUGACAGUAAUGGACUUCAACAAAUUGAUGUACUUGGAAUGUGUGCUCAAAGAGACUUUGCGUUUAUAUCCCUCAGUGCCAUUUAUUUCUCGCAAAUGUUCGACCGAAACUCGUAUCAAUGGUCUAAUACUACCCGCAAACUCACAAAUAGAUGUGCAUAUUUUCGACAUCAAUCGGGAUCCCAAACAUUUCCCAGAUCCUUCUGCCUUUAAGCCGGAGAGAUAUUUUCCAGAAAAUACAGUAAAAAGACAUCCAUUUGCUUCUGUAGCUUUUAGCGCCGGUGCAAGAAAUUGUAUAGGACAAAAGUUUGCUUUACUGGAAAUGAAAGUUGUUAUGGUUUCCCUAUUGCUGAACUAUGAAAUAUUGCCCAUCACCAAGGUGGAAGAUUUAAAUUUGGAAUAUGGCAUCAUUUUGAGAACAUCCGAAAAAAUCCAUGUUAAACUUCGGAAGAUAGCAAAAUAAAUAAAAUCUAAACUAAGAGGGUGUGUCUGGUUGGCCACCUCACC